AUGAAAGUUUCCGUCCUAUUUCCCCUGGCAAGUAUCUUGUCACUGGUAGUUAGCCAGACCGAUCCCAACAACCCCGAUAACAUGAGUCCAUGUCUACUCGUGUGCAAUGAACAAGCUGCCCAGGCUGCGGGCUGUCUCUCAUUUACCGACACAGAUUGUACAUGCCCUAAGCAGUAUUUCACGGAUUUCCUCAAGCAAUGCUUGAAUGCCGCCUGUACAAAGGAUGACUAUGAUCGUGAGUUCUAA